CAUUCCUCCCUCCCCACCCCCAAUCCCCUACUGACUUCCUGACUUCCCUCCAUGUUUCUCUCUCUUCACAUCCUACUCCUAUACCUGGCUUUGUCUUUUCCCAGCUUCUAGACAUUUUUUCUAAGCACCCUGUUCGUUUAACCCAGACUUCUUUUUUUCCAGAUCUUUCUCCCAGAGUAGCAAACUGUGUCUGCCACACUCUGCCUCCUUGCUCUCUUCCAAAGCGCAGACUUGUCAGACAUACCAUAAUGAGGGUACUGGGUAACCUCUCCCUCCAUUUUAUUUGAUUUGGUUUUCUGAAUCUAUUUUUUUUCCCUCUUUGCCUCCAACCCUUUUGUUUUGAUUUGUUCCUUCUCUCCAUUCUGUUUCUCCUCCCUUCUUCCUGUUUUUGUCCUCUUGAGCGCCUCCUCUUUGCUGGAAUCCUCCGUGAGGGAAUAGGUACUGGAUCCUUCUUCCCCUAAUGGCUGCUGGGUUCCACCCACAACCUUUUGACUGCUCCCCAGAGGAGGGUGACCUUGGAGGGAGGUGUUGGGGACAAAGAAUCAGCCUAGCAAGGGUCAGCAAAAGCAGGCAGGAAGCUCAAAACAUGGAGUUCAUUUUCUCCUUUCCCUUGAUGAGAGCCCAGCUAUCCCAAUUCCCUCCUGCAAUGCUAAGCCUUUGGAGUUAUCUCAGACUGCCAAUUAAUCUUCCUUUCUCCUGGGUACAAGGGACCUGUCUCUUACAUGUGCACUUGGCAAAGUGGUCUUUGUGUGUGCUGACAUCCGUGAAAGCGAACAUGUCCUGGGAAGAAGCAGCAUGAUUUUUAGAGUACCAUGGGGCCUGAUCGAGUGACAGCCCGAGAACUCUGCGAGAAUGAUGACCUGGCCACCAGCCUUGUUCUUGACCCCUACCUCGGCUUCCGCACCCAUAAGAUGAAUGUCAGCCCUGUGCCCACCUUGCGACGACAACACCACCUUCGCUCAGCACUGGAAGCUUUCCUAAGGCAACGGGACCUGGAGGCUGCAUUCCGGGCCCUGACUUUGGGAGGCUGGAUGGCCCACUACUUCCAGAACCGUGCCCCUCGGCAGGAGGCUGCCCUCAAGACCCACAUUUUUUGCUACCUCCGCGCCUUCCUGCCCGAGAGUGGCUUCACCAUUCUGCCCUGCACCCGCUACUCCAUGGAGACCAAUGGGGCCAAGAUUGUGUCCACCCGUGCUUGGAAGAAGCAUGAGAAGAUGGAGCUGCUGGUGGGCUGCAUCGCAGAGCUGCGGGAAGAGGACGAGUGCCUGCUCCGGGCCGGGGAGAACGACUUCAGCAUCAUGUACUCCACCCGGAAGAGGAGUGCCCAGCUGUGGCUUGGCCCGGCUGCCUUCAUCAACCACGACUGCAAACCCAACUGCAAGUUUGUGCCCUCAGAUAGGAAUACUGCCUGUGUGAAGGUGCUACGGGACAUUGAGCCCGGGGAUGAGGUGACUUGCUUCUAUGGCGAGGGCUUCUUCGGUGAGAAGAAUGAGCACUGUGAAUGCUAUACCUGUGAGAGGAAAGGUGAGGGGGCUUUCAGACUGCAGUCCAGGGAGCCUGAGCUGCGGCCACAGCCCCUGGACAAGUAUGAGCUCCGGGAGACAAAGAGGCGUCUGCAGCAGGGCGUGGACAGCGGCCAGCAGAGCCUGAUGAGCUGGCCGGCCUGCUCCCACCUGUCCCCACUGCGCCCUGACCCGUUCUGUGCUACCUGCCAGCCCCCAUUCCUGCUGCCUGUCGGCUCCCACGUGGACUACUUGCCCCUCUGGCUGCAGUGGGUGCCUCAGCCCCAGCCCAGAGUACGUCCCAAGAAGUGCCGCCGCCCCCGCCGCCACCCCCGCCGCCAUCGCCCCAGGAUCCGCCAGGCUUCAUUGCCCCCUAUCCUCCACACUGCCUGUGUCUCCCUGCACCGAUGGGGAGGCUGUGGUCCCCACUGCCACCUGCAGGCUGAGGCCACGGUGACUCUACAGCUGCUCCCCCAGACUCGCUGGACGCUACAACAGGACUGGUACUGGGCCCGGCGCUAUGGGCUGCCUGCUGUGGUGCGUGUUGAACUGACCCGCCUAGCCCCAGCCCUGCCAGUGGCUCCUGUGCCCGCUGGGAACCCAGAUCCUGUCCCCACCCCUGACCUCAUCCCCAAGCAGGCCCUUACCUUUGCUCCUUUCUGCCCACCUAAGCGCCUCCGGCUAGUGGUCAGUCAUGGUUCUAUUGAUCUGGACAUCAACAGUGGCGAGCCAUGAUAGGCUGCUUCCAGGGAGCCCGAAUGCAGUGCAGAGUGUCUACCCUGCACCCUCCGGGAGGGAAGGAGGGAGCUGACCCUUAACCCAGGUCUGCUCCUGGGAGUGUGUUGUUUCGGACAUCCCUAGAGAGUUGAUCCUUGUUGCUCUAUGGCUGCUGAACCCUGAGCCAGCCCACCCAGUAGGGAGCCCUGGCCAUUUGAUGUCCCCAUCUCUGUCCCCACCUCAGGACUGUAGGAGUCAUCUUCCUCCCCUCAGCCGCUUCCUCCCCAGGGAGCAAAGCCAUAAGGGCGUGGGGGCGACUCUCCAGAAGGCCAGGCCUCAGGUGGAGUUGACUUGGGGUUUGCCUUCCCGGAGCUUCUCCCACUGUGGGGAGCGAGUUGGCCUCAGCUCUGCAGUUGAUGGAGGCGGGGGCGGUCAGAUGGGGUGCAUGUGGCUCUUGGCUCUGCCCCAUGGGUCUCAGGGAGGCCAGGUGUGACCUCAUCUUUUUCACGGUGCUAUCCCUGGUGCUACUGGGGUGCAGGGGAGGCUCCCUCUCCUCCCCGCACCAGAAUGGGGUAUGAGGGAGAUUGGAAGAACUUGAACUUUUUAUUAAAGCAUUGUAAGCCCUUA